AUGGUAAUGAUAGUGACCGUAUCCGUCUCCUUAUCUUUUAGCUCCAAAGGUUACGGAGACACUCUCGAGAUCGAGGGGCGGGAAGCCUGGGUCCCCGGGGAGCGGGGGAGGCAAAACCGGGGUCAGAGGAGCUGGGUGCCCCCAGACCCCCCACCUCCCCGCCACCGGCUCCUCCACCCCCUCGGGGACCCAGGGCUGUGCCCUCUGGCGCUGGCGCUGCUGAACCUGUGGCCCGGGCUGUGGGCGCUGCCGGCCGCCAGGCCCCCGCGGCUCCCGGAUCCCCGCGCCGAGCUGGACAGUGCCGCCCUGCUAACGAGGGGGCUGCUAGGGGACACCAAACACCUCGCCGGCCUGCUGAGGAGUCGCUUCCCGGCCGAGGGCGACCACCGGCUCGACACGCUUCCAGCCCUGGCUAUGAGCGCCGGCGAGAUGGGGGGGUUACAGGCGGCGACGGUGCUGAGCCGCCUGAGCGGGGACCUGCAGAACUACGCGCGCCACGUGGAGUGGCUGCGGCGAGCGGGUUCGGGACCCGGGCCCGGGCCCGGCCCCGGCCCCGGCCCCGGGCCCGGGCCGGGGUCGCCCCUGCGGACGCUGGACGCGGAGCUGGGGGCGCUGGGGGGGCGGCUGGAGCGGCUGCUUCGCCGACUGCAGCACCUGGCGGGGAGACUGGGCAUGCCCCUCCAGGCCGGCCAGCCCCCUGCCCCCGCGCUGCCGGCUCCGGCCUCCGCCUGGGGGAGCGUCCAGGCUGCCCACGCCGUCCUCCGCGGCCUCCACCUCACCCUCGACUGGGCUGUGCGCGCCCUUCUGCUGCUGCGGAACAAGCUGUGA